UCAUGUGGCUGAUUAUUCCCACUGAGAGGACCCGGGACCGUUACACACACAGCCGCUACCGAGAGGGACAAAACCACGGACUCAUGUCAAUAAUGAUUUAAAGUAGGAUAUUAAUUUACUGAAAACAACCUCUCUGCGGACCCUGAACGCAGCAUCACGCCGUGUUUUUUUCAGCGUCACAGUGACGUCGGAUUAGCGCCGUGAGCGUGUGACGUCAGCCGGGCUGGGUUUAUUGUGGUGUAGAAAUACUUGAGGAGCAGCAGACAGUGCCGGAGCAGAUUUACUGAGAAGUUGAGUUUGGAGUCUGGUAAAUAAAGUCAGGAUGUCAUACAUGCGAGCAGACAGCGGCUGGUCACAGCCGGGGGACUUUAACAGCCUCAUCCAGACCUGCAGCUCGAACAUCCAGAAGAUCAGCCACAACUCCGGGCAGAUCAAAAACCUGCUCUAUCAGCUGGAGACUCGACAGGAGACCUCAGAGUUGCAGGAGAAGCUGCAGCAGCUCCAGCACUACACCAACCAGCUGGCUAAGGAGACGAACAGACACCUGAAGGAGCUCGGCUCUCUGCCUCCACCACCGUCUCCAUCCGAGCAGAGGCAGCAGAAGCUGAGGAGGGAGCGUCUGAUGAAUGAUUUCUCUGCAGCUCUCAACAACUUCCAGCUGGUUCAGAGGAGAGCCGCCGAGAAGGAGAAGGAGUCUGUGGUCCGAGUUCGAGCUGGAUCCAGAGUCAUGGGAGAUGGAGCGCAGGCCAACGAGCAGCUGGUCACGUUCGAAAAAGAGGUUGAGUGGGGUCAGAGCCAGACUCAGACUGAAGAGCCCCCCAUCACAGACGAGGACCUGGAGAACAUCAAGGAGAGAGAGACCAACAUCAAACAGCUGGAGGCCGACAUCAUGGACGUGAACCAGAUCUUUAAGGACCUGGCUGUAAUGAUCCACGACCAGGGAGAGACCAUCGACAGCAUCGAGGCGAACGUGGAGGGAGCUGAGGCUCACGUGGGCCGAGGAGCUGCCCAGCUGCAGAAGGCCUCCUACUACCAGAGGAAGUCUCGGAAGAGGAUGUGCAUACUGGCCAUGGUGCUGUCGCUGCUGCUCCUCAUCAUCAUCAUCAUCAUCUGGCAGGCCAUCAAAUGAGGACAAGCCCCGCCUGCUGCCAACAACUUUCAACAUGUGUGUUUGUGUGUGUGUGUGUGUGUGUGUGUGUGUGUGUGUGUGUGUGUGUGUGUGUGUGUGUGUGUGUGUGUGCGUGGGCUUGCAGCUGAAUCCUAAUCUCCGUCCUCACAGAGUCUGGUCCUGGUUCUGAUCAGGACUGUUUGACACAAAGGUCCCUUUGACUCUUAGUUCUUGCAGUAAGAAAGUAAAGUAAGAAAGAAACCCCUAAGAGCGUGGUUAAACUCACAUACUGCAGCACCGCUCGCCUGUUGUCUGCACGUCUGAGCCGGUCUGCUGCUCAGGACUCUGAGGGUGGAGUUCAGGAUGAGACCGUUAAAUCUCAUGUUAGAGUAACUUUGAUCACUGCUGUAGGUCUGUGUCUUAUUAAAUGCAAUGUUGCACAAUUUUAUAUGCAGUAAUUCCAAACACAAUGAACCCUGUGUGUUUAUUAAGAAGUGUGUGUGCUCAGAGUUUAAAUAAUACAGCCUGAUAAUGAUCUGCUGAUGUAAUGUCUCAUUCUGUCCACUAGGGGGAGAGCUCAGCAUGGUUAGAGAUUCAUGCAUGCUGUCACAGCACAACCACUAAUCUUACUCACUAACCAUCACUCUGCUCACACUGAUGUGUUUACGAAAAGCAACAAACACUUCGACUUUUUGAUUAUGAUGCAGAUUUAUUACUUUAUCUCUAUCUCAUUGAUUUAGAAAUAAAACUGGUUGAAAAACAGGUUCAUGAGUUGGAAACGGUCUUCAUCUGAAACAUAAGAAAAAUGUGUGAAAUUCACCUUUUUUUACCUCCAUGAUGAAGAAAAUGCAAAACAAAUAUCCAAUUAUUUUGAUAUUACCACUUUGACAAGCUUUCGAUGGAACAGAGAUUUAAAAAAAUGACUUUCCUUAACGUAAAGAGAGACGUUGAAACUGUUAAAUAUUUGUUCUAGAUGUAGACAGAUCUUUAAAGUGAUCUGUAUGAGAUUUAACUUUUUAUUCAUCUGUAUGAGAAACAUUAGAUCCAUCUUUCAUUCUCAGUGUUGUUUAUCCGUCACUGCAGCUCCCUCUGCUGCUGAAAAAUGAAGCCAAUGCUAAAGUGUAAAAAGUUGCAGUUCCUCAAAGGUCCACUAGAGGCUGACUCCUGAAGUGAGUCAGUCCCAAUAGAGCCCCAUGUAAAAAUGUGAAACAGCAGAAAUAAACAUGUUUACAGCCUGGAA